AUAUUUUCCGAUAAUUUAUUUCACAUAAGCUGCGUCGUAUUGUACAUACAAACAAAGUUUUCAGAAAUUUUCAAUUCCUUUUUAACGAUAAAUUGAGUUCGACAUGGCCAAGGUAGGCUGGGUGUUCUUCGUGAACCUCGUUUUACAAAUUAUUUUUGUCAAAAGCUACGGCCCUUAUUUCAAAAUGACGAAAAUUGAAUGCAGAGAUGUCAAUAAAAGUUUAGUCCUCGUGAAUGUUUGCCGACUCAAAGCAGUAAAACGAGACAUCACUGAGGCGACAGUUCGUGUGCUGCUACUGAAACCAGUGGAUAACUGCAAUAUACAUGUUGAGCUUCUGCGCAAAUACAACUCCUAUCAACCUUUUUUUAUCAACAAUACCUUUGAUGUUUGCGCAUUCCUUAAAACCCGUAAAAACUCUGUCUAUUUCGAUAUAUUAUUCAAAUUGAUAGAGAACUACACGAAUGCGAAUCAUACGUGCCCUUAUGAGGGUGAAUUUAUCGUCGAGAAAUUCAGGCCGCUACAUAAUAAUUUGAUCUUACCAAUUCCCUCUGGUGAUUACUGCAUUAAAUUUAGUUUUUAUACAUCAGAUACUUUACUUAUUCAAUUGAAUGUGUGGUUUAGCUUCAACGAGCUGGAAAAAUGGAAUAUAUCCCAGAAAAAGAAAGGCGAAGUGAAAACUUUUGUCGACUCUAUGACAUUUUAA